AUGUGUACGCAGUUCCUUGUGUCCAGCGGCUCAGUGGAGGGCCGCUGUUACAGACACAGAUGUACUGGACCGAACAGAUACCAAAUCCAGGUGUCUGGCUCUGACUGGGUGGACUGUCCACCAGGGGGCGCAAUUCAGAUAAAUGGAUACCAGGGUUUAGUCUUCUGCCCGGACAGGAGGUUGUGCCUUUACCCGGAUCUCACUCCUCCCUCAGAUGAUGGAUUUCCUCCUUCCAACACAAGUGACCCCCACGGGUUGAUGAACUCGGCCCAGGACGGCGGCUGGUGGACCCUCAGGCCUCACACAGAGCUCAGUGUGGCCUCGGCACUCGGCUUCACCGCUGCUGUUUGUCUCCUGGCUGCUCUCGCUGUGUCUUACAGGAAGUGUCGCUCCUGCAAGAACAGGGUUCGCACUGUUCCAGACGAUCACAGUGACCUUUAGAAAACCACUGACCAUUAACACUGUUAUUGAGUCUUGAGUAGUUACUUUAUUUUUUCUGUGCUGCUAUUUAAGUGACGUGUUUAUAAAUAAAUAAAAAUGAAUUCACACA